UGGUUCAAGAUAAGAGGCUGAUUGGGAUCUAGAAAGAACAGAACGAUGGAAUCGGCUAUCGAGCCCAAAACUGAUCCAUCACCCCCAAAACGACAUGUCGUUAUCUUCCCCUUCAUGUCAAAAGGCCACACAAUCCCACUCCUCCAUCUAGCCCGCCUCCUCCUCCGCCGCCGCAUUUCGGUCACCUUCUUCACCACCUCCGCCAACCGCCCCUUCAUCGCCGACUUUCUCUCCGACACCUCCGCCACCAUCGUCUCCCUCCCUUUCCCGGAAAAACUCCCCGGCAUCCCCGCCGGCGUCGAGAGCACCGACCAACUCCCCUGCAUGUCCCUCUUCCACUCCUUCGCUCGAUCCACCGAGCUCCUGAAACCUCACUUCGAUAUCGCCCUCCGGAAUCUCCUUCCACAUGUCAGCUUCAUAGUCUCCGACGGCUUCCUCUGGUGGACCCUCGACUCCGCCGCCAAGCUUGGCGUCCCACGCUUCGUCUCCUACGGCAUGCCCACUUACUCCUUGCUUCUCACCAGACUCGCAAUCCGCUACGGGCUCCUCCACGGAAAUUGCAACGACGACGAUGAAGUGGAAGAUUCAAUCACCAUUCCUCCUUUUCCUCGGAUCAAGAUCAGGAAAAAAGACUUCGACACGGCGCCGGAUCGCAGCAAUUUCGAUUUCGUCACCAAAGCGGCCGAAGCAACUUCUAGAAGCUUCGGGAUUUUGGUCAACAGCUUCUACGAGAUGGAGAAAGAUUUCGUUGACCUUUUCAACAAAGAGUAUCACUGCAAGGCGUGGUGUAUUGGGCCUCUGUUACUCGCCGAACCGAAUUUAUCACAAGAAAAUCAUGUAAAUCAUCAUCCAUGGAUUUAUCAAUGGCUAGAUCAAAAAAGUUCGGUUCUUUACGUCGCGUUUGGGACUCAAGCGGAGAUUUCCCCCCAACAGAUGAAAGAAAUCGCGAAAGGUUUGGAAGAAUCGAAAGUGAGUUUUGUGUGGGUGGUGAGGAAGAAAGAGCAGAGAGAUAUUGAGUUGCCAGAUGGGUUCGAAGAGAGGGUGAGAGAGAGGGGAAUUGUGGUGAGAGAGUGGGUUGAGCAGAGAGAGAUAUUAAUGCACGAGAAAGUAAAAGGCUUUUUGAGCCACUGCGGUUGGAACUCGGUGUUGGAGAGCGUGUGCGCGGCGGUGCCGAUUCUGGCGUGGCCGAUGAUGGCGGAGCAGCCGCUGAAUGCCAAAAUGGUGGUGGAGGAGUUGAAGGUGGGGAUUAGAGUAGAAGAAGAAACGAACUGCGAUGGAAAAUCAUUUGUGAAGUGGGAAGAGUUGAAGAAGAAGGUGAAGGAGUUAAUGGAGGGAGAGAUGGGGAGGGAGGUGAGGAAGAAGGUGAAAGAAGUUGCAGAAAUGGCGAGGAAGGCCGUCGGAGAAGGUGGGUCCUCUUGGAAGACUUUGGAGAAGCUGAUCGAGGAAGCAUGCAAAGGAGUAGAUCAUGCGAGUAAUUAUUAA